AUGAAGACAACUUUAGGCCUAUUAUGCUACCUUCUUAUUUGCAUUACUGUUGAAGCAACUAAUCAAAUCCCUCAACAGGAAUAUAUUGUAUACUUGGGCGACCUUCCUAAAAAUGGCGUACCGCUAUCGUCGUUGCAUACGAAUUUGCUCCAAGUAGCACUUGGCAGCAACGUACUGGAUUCAAUAAUUCACAGUUAUAAAAGAAGUUUCAAUGGAUUUGUUGCGAAAUUGACAAAAGAAGAAAUGACAAGACUUUCUGAAAUGGACGAUGUUGUGUCUGUCUUUCCUAAUGGAAAUACAGAACUACACACAACGAGAUCAUGGGACUUUAUGGGAUUUUCUCAACAAGUUAAUCGAGCAUUACCGGUUGAAAGUGACUUAAUUAUUGGAGUGCUCGACACGGGUAUAUGGCCUGAGUCUGAUAGUUUCAAGGAUGACGGUUUCGGUCCUCCACCCGCAAAAUGGAAGGGAACUUGUCAAUCAUCGGCCAAUUUCACUUGCAACAAGAAAAUCAUUGGAGCAAAGUAUUAUAAAAAUAGUGGUAUCUUUGACAAAUUAGAUGUACAAUCUCCAAGAGACACCAAUGGUCAUGGAACACACACUGCAUCGACCGCAGCUGGAAACAUAGUGAGCAAUGCAAGUCUAUAUGGGGCAGGUCGAGGAAUUGCUCGAGGAGGGGUUCCAUCAGCCCGAAUAGCGGUUUACAAAGUAUGUUGGGAAGGUGGAUGUCCCUAUGCAGAUAUUCUAGCCGCAUUUGACGAUGCCAUCGCGGAUGGAGUGGAUAUUAUCUCACUUUCGGUUGGAGGGAGAUUUCCCCGUAAUUACUUUGAAGAUCCCAUUGCUAUCGCAGCCUUUCAUGCCAUGAGGAAGGGUAUUUUGACGUCGAAUUCAGCUGGAAAUAACGGGCCUUCUCUUUUAUCGGUCUCGAACUAUUCACCUUGGUCCUUAUCGGUUGCUGCUAGCACCAUAGAUAGAAAAUUCUUAACUAAGGUGCAAUUAGGAAACAAUAAAGUUUACGAGGGUGUUUCUAUAAACACGUUUAGCGAUCUUACGGAUUUCUAUCCACUUGUUUAUGGUGGAAAUGUGAAAAACAGGACAUUAAACAUAAGCUAUUUGGACCCAAGUUAUUGCGACCCGGGUACACUGGAUGCGGAGUUGGUAAAAGGAAAAAUCGUAUUUUGCGAACUCAUAAGUAAUAUUGGAGAAGCACCAUUUCUGGCUGGUGCGGUUGGGACAGUAAUGAGGGAUAGUCGAAGCACCGAUGUUGCCCGAUCGUAUCCCCUGCCGGCUGCUCAUUUUGGCUUGACCGAUGGAACCACUAUUUUCGAAUAUGUUAACACUACUAGCAAUCCAAUUGCAAGAAUAUUGAAAAGCAAUGAAGGAAAUGAUACAUUUGCACCUUAUGUCGCAUCAUUCUCAUCAAGGGGUCCCAAUCCCAUUACAAACCAUCUUCUCUCGCCGGACAUAUCGGCUCCGGGGGUAGACAUUCUAGCAGCUUGGUCACAAACAGCGGGACUUACAAGCAUAGAGGAGGACACUAGACGAUCACCUUACCACAUCAUAUCGGGUACAUCAAUGGCUUGUCCACACGCUACUGCUGCAGCGGCUUAUGUGAAAUCUUUUCAUCCUUCGUGGACACCUGGUGCGCUCAAGUCGGCUCUUAUGACCACAGCCUUUCCCAUGAGUGUUGAUUCCAACCCCGAAGGAGAACUUGCAUAUGGGGCAGGCCACAUUAAUCCUCUUAAAGCUGUCGAUCCCGGUCUAGUUUAUGAUAUUGGUGAAUUAGAUUACAUAGAGUUCUUGUGUGGGGAAGGCUACGCUGACAAGUUGUUGCGACUGAUCACUAGCGAUAAUAGUAGCUCAUGCUCAAAUGUCACUAAAGAAGCCGUGUGGGAUCUAAACCUACCUUCUUUUGGAAUUGGUGGUGUGCCAUUUAAACCUUUUACCCAAAGUUUCACAAGAACCGUCACCAAUGUGGGGAACCCUUCAUCCACGUACAAAUCCAAGAUCACGGCUCCACAAGGGCUUAAAAUACAAGUUGAACCGAGCGAAUUAUCGUUUAGUUCUCAAGGCCAGAAGUUAUCAUUUGUAUUGAAGGUGGAAGGAGUGAUGGCGAGAUCAAGAUUGUCGGCUUCUUUGGUGUGGGAUAAUGGUGUGAAUCAAGCGAGGAGCCCUAUCGUUGUUUAUCCGACUAGCUAG